AUGUCCUUCAUAAUCAUCUUCAACAUCUGCAUUACACUCUUACUAAUUCUUCGCAUCAAGAAUGAGUUACUCACUCUCCUUAAACAUUCCAUCUCAUACUUGUUUCGAUACGGUGGAGUUGAUUCGGAUCUCCACGAAGAACAUGUAUGUUUGGUUGAUCUUCCGAUUAUUCGGUUCCAAGAUUUGCAAAACAUCAGGCAGAGAUAUGUAGACCGGAUGUGUUUCAUAUGUUUAAAUGAUUACAAUAGUGAUGAUGUGGUUAGUCAGCUUAGCAGGUGUGGUCAUGUCUUCCACUCUGAUUGUGUUGGUAAACUGCUUCAUGAGAAGGAGACUUCGUGUCCGUUUUGCCGGAUUCCGGUGUUCUCCGGGCUUUCGCUGGUGCCGUCGAAGAGUUUUUGA